UAUAACAACCAGAUGGUGGAUCAAGCCUUUCUAUAGUUCGUAAUAAACAGGUUUCAUGGGUUAUGGUUUGAAAUAGUAAAUCUUCAAGGGCGCAGUGGCAAGUGCCAAGCCUAUUCGAGAAUACACACGUGUUACCAUUGACUGUAAGUGUGUACUUCGGAAGGGACUAUCAAACUAUCCGCCCGACCCUAUAGGAUUAGGAUUACAAAGCAAACUUGACUUGUUGGGUGACUAUCGACACCGGUAACACAAGUAAAUGCUUCGGAAAUCAGUCGCAUUGGCAGUGAGUAUUACACACACUUGUCGACUGGCUUUGAGUUCCCAGCCUCAAUUUUCAGUCGUAGAAAAGGCGGUUAGCAGAGCUGUGUGUGCUUCUUGUUGGUGUAACUGAGAGCAGUUGUCAUCAGAAAUAACGGGCUGGCUAAAGUCGCUGGAAGGUAUCACAAACAAACAAGGAUCACUACACUAACGCUGACCACUGACCAAAGCCUCCACCAACUCAGAUGAGAUGCCAAAGCAAAUGGACAGGGUCAACAUUGAGGAGAGCAUUGAGGCUAUAAUUUGACUGUGACAUUUAGAGGAUACAUCAGUAAUCUCCAAUCCUCAAGUCAUGGAAUUCAGAUUCAGUGCCCAAAUGAACUGCUUAUUCGGAUUAACUCUCCUAACUUUGAUCAACUGAUAUCUGGAUUUAUGAAUCAAGUUAGUUGAUACGACACUCUACUGUCAUGAUUUUGAGUAACUCGCUAAUAGCAAGGAGUAAGGCAAAUUAUCAAAUGGCUGUCAAGGAAAAUAGCAGCAUUCUUGAAGACUUAGCAAAACUAACAUAGACUGACUUGGGCCUAGUAUCAUCAUGACGACCGUCGUCGAAAAUCCCGGUAUACCCCUCGUCAAAAAUGGUGAAUUCAAGAAAUACAGCACAGAAAGUACUGAAGAAGAGCAAGGGCCUUCAAAGCAUAGCAGGCAAACCUUUUUCGCCAGGAUGAGAAAGAAAAAGAACAUGCAGUUUGAGAAUGUUGGGCAACGCUUGGCCAAGAGGAAGAAAGUGUUCGUAAAACGGCGGGUUCUGAAUGACAUUGCAGUAACUUUCGCCAUGCUUGGGAUCCUGUUGAUGAUAAUUGAAACUGAGUUGUCAAUGAUGUCCAGAGUCUAUGUCAAGUCUGAUGCAACAUCGUACUUUCUAAAGUCUUGCAUCACAGUUUCGACGGUUGUUCUGCUUGUCUUGACCGUCUGGUACCAUGCCACUGAUAUUCAGCUUUUUAUGAUAACGAACAGCUUGGACGAUUGGCGUUUGGCGAUGACGACGUCAAGGUGUAUGAAGAUUGUCUUGGAACUUAUCGUGUGUGCCAUACACCCCAUCCCAGCCAAUAUCCAAUACACCUGGGUAACACUAUCCACGGACCCUGGCCAGCAAAAAACAGUCACAACACCAGCUGAUGUGCUACUGUCCCUGCCAAUGUUUUUACGAAUAUAUUGGGUCUGUAGAACAAUCUUACUACACAGCAAACUCUUCAACGAUGCAUCGUCACAAAGUCUUGGGGCGCUUAAUCGGCUGAGUUUCAAUUUUAAAUUCAUUUUCAAAUUGUAUAUGAAUUUGAAUCCCGUGUCUACACUGACCGUCAUAAUCGUGAGUGUCGUGACAAUGGCUAGUUGGUCCAUUCGAAUCUGUGAAAAAUACGACCCGAAUUAUCAUUCUACAUUCUCCGACUCUCUCUGGCUUAUCGCAAUCACGUUUUUAACCGUUGGAUAUGGUGAUAUAGUGCCAGUCUCAUAUUGUGGGCGUACAAUAGCUGUUCUGACUGGUAUAUUUGGCGCUGGCGUUACAGCAUUAGUCGUGGCUGUUCUGGCACAGAAACUCGAACUGUCCCGAUCGGAAAAGUAUGUUCAUACCUUUGUUAUGGAUGUGGAACUGGGCAAAAAGGCUAAGCAGGAGGCAGCAAAUGUCAUAAAACAAGCAUGGAUGAUAUUCAAAACUAAAAAGAAGGGCGGCGAAGGCCUAAUCUCACAUCAACGAAAACUCUUCGCAGCAAUUAACAAGAGCCGAGAGAUAAAAAUGCAACAACGUGGACUGACUGACAGUGGGAUAAAUCUGGUUGAGAUUGCACGAAAUGAGGAACUGAUGCACCGCAAUAUCAUCAAGACGAAUGAACGUCAGGAUGACAUGGAUUCUCGGUUACAGAAAAUGGAAGAAUGUCUCUACGACCUGAACCAAAAGGUUGGUGAUAUUCACAGGGCUGUUAUAAAAAGGUGAACCAAGACCUUAGUUGCCAUAUUACUCCAUAGCAUUUAGUGAUAUUUAGUCUUAAUAUGUCAGAAUAAGUAAUACUGUAGUAAGAUAUCUAAACGGAUGCCGGACAUUUCUGCAGGAUAUCUAUGAUAGAACUGAUGGAUAUUUGCCUGAAUUUGCUUUUUUAGCAGAGUACACAGGAUUUAAUAAUACAUAUAUAUUUCUGCAGUAAUUGUGUGCUUGAGUUGACAUCAACUUAUUCAAUUAAACUGACAUGUCGACUGAUCAAAGGUAGAUUUGUAUGGUGACUUGCAUGAUGUAACUUGAUCGACACACCUCGCUUGUGACAUCUGGUCAAUUAGAAUGGUCCAAAAGUGACGUGGCCCUGCUGUGAUUCCUGACACUGUCACUGUCAGCCAUCAUGUAAGACAAGAGUUAGCCUGGGCACCCGGUCUAAUAGUAUAAGUAUUAUUGGGAAGGUUCAAAUAACAUAUUACAUGAGCAAAUAAAGUUAUCAUAUUGUAAUUGUACUCAUAUAAUGUAGUCAGUAAGAACAAAUCAUAAGGCUGCUGGAGGGGUAAACAUCACACAUAUUUCUGAAAAAGAAAAUGUUGUGGGUAGCUGGGAAAGGUUUUAGCAAGAAUUUUAGAAAUGGAAAUUAGCCAAGAGAUCGAAUAGCCAACUCAGGAAUAUGCUAAAAAGGUUGGAGAGGAUGUAGUAGUAUUUCACUCAAAGGUAGACUCAAUUUUAACCCUUUAAAAAACAACUGCCAAAGUGAUGAAAAUUUACAAUCAGUUACGAAAUUGGGAAUGUUCAAAUUAGAUUAUAAUACAUUUUUUGACAAUGGCUUUGGUCUUCAAUGAAAAAAUCUUGAAGCUGUUGUACAUGUUGUAAGUAAAUGUCUAAGAAACAAUCACGAUUUGUGAUUUUGCAUUGGAGUGUGAUUCAGAAUGGUCAAUACCCACAGGAAGUGUUGCAUAUAUGUAUAGUUGUAGCAUACUGUUGUCAAUAGUACUGAAAGAAAAGUCAAUUUAUUGAGCAAAA